AUGCCCCCCCUGCACCCUCAGACUGCAGAAGGCUGCUGUUUCUCAGCCAACGAUGUCCACCAGCAGCAAGCUUACCUGUGUUCUCUUUUGCAGGCUAUUGGCUGUACUAUGAACUGCAGUUGCCAAAGUUUCAAACCAGGGAAAAUAAACCACCGUCAGUGUGAGCAGUGCAGACAUGGAUGGGUGGCCCACGCUCUCAGUAAGCUGAGGAUCCCCCCCAUGUAUCCAACAAGCCAGGUGGAGAUCGUCCAGUCCAACGUGGUGUUUGAUAUCAGCAGCCUGAUGCUCUACGGGACCCAGGCCAUCCCGGUCCGCCUGAAGAUCCUCCUGGACCGGCUCUUCAGCGUGCUGAAGCAGGACGAGGUCCUGCAGAUCCUCCACGCCUUGGACUGGACCCUUCAGGACUACAUCCGUGGAUACGUGCUGCAGGACGCGUCGGGAAAGGUGUUAGAUCACUGGAGCAUCAUGACCAGCGAGGAAGAGGUGGCCACUUUGCAGCAGUUCCUGCGUUUUGGGGAGACGAAGUCCAUAGUGGAGCUCAUGGCAAUUCAAGAGAAGGAAGAGCAGUCCAUCAUCCUCCCACCCUCCUCCGCGAACGUGGACAUCAGGGCCUUCAUCGAGAGCUGCGGCCACAGGAGCGCCAGCCUCCCCGCUCCCGUGGACAAAGGAAGCCCCGGCAGCGUGCACCCCUUCGAGAACCUCAUCAACAACAUGACUUUCAUGCUGCCCUUCCAGUUCUUCAACCCCAUGCCUCCCGCGCUGCUGGGGUCGCUGCCCGAGCAGUAUGUGCUGGAGCAGGGGCAGGACCAGAGUCAGGACCCCAGGCAGGAAAUCCACGGACCCUUCCCUGACAGCAGCUUCCUGACUGCCAGCUCCACCCCGUUUCAGGUUGAGAAAGAGCAGUGUCUGAGCUGUCCCGAUACGGUUACUAGCAAGGAAGACAGUGGCCACUUAAGUGACUCCAGCUCCUACAACAUUGUUACUAAGCUGGAAAGGACACAGUUGUCCCCCGAGGCCAAAGUGAAGCCCGAGAGGAACAGCCUCGGCACAAAGAAGGGCCGGGUGUUCUGCACGGCCUGCGAGAAGACCUUCUACGACAAAGGCACCCUCAAGAUCCACUACAACGCUGUGCACCUGAAGAUCAAGCACAAGUGUACCAUUGAGGGCUGUAACAUGGUGUUCAGCUCCCUGAGGAGCCGGAACCGCCACAGUGCCAACCCCAACCCCCGGCUGCACAUGCCAAUGAACAGGAACAACAGGGACAAGGACCUGAGGAACAGCCUGAGCCUGGCCACCUCCGAGAACUACAAGCGCCCAGGGUUCACGGUGACAUCUCCGGACUGCAGGCCUCUCCCUGGCUGCCCGGGCUCAGGCGAGGACUCCAGGGGCCAGGUAGCCUUCCCGAGCGUUGGGCAGAACGGCGUGCUCUUUCCCAACCUGAAGACAGUCCAGCCCGUCCUUCCUUUCUACCGCAGUCCGGCCACUCCGGCCGAGCUGGCAAACACGCCCGGGAUGUUGCCUUCCCUCCCCCUGCUGUCUUCCUCGAUCUCAGAGCAGCUGGUGUCCAACGAAAUGCCUUUCGAUGCCCUUCCCAAGAAGAAAUCCCGGAAGUCCAGCAUGCCUAUCAAAAUAGAGAAGGAAGCCGUGGAAAUAGCGGCCGAGAAGAGGCACGCCGCCCUCAGCUCGGACGAAGACGUGCCCCUGCAGGUGGUCAGUGAAGAUGAGCCGGAGGCCUGCAGCCCGCGCUCGGACGGGGCGCCACCGGAGCAGCACACGCAGUCAGGCCGCCUAGGGAAGCCUCUCCCUGAUGGACAGGUGGCCUGCCAUCUCCAGUCAGUGAUCGAGCCCAGGGGAGCCAUCAGCGGCACCCCUGAGCAGGCCACGCACAACGCGGACAGGGAGACAGAGCAGAAGCCGGCGCUGGCCAUGGUGCCCAGGGAGGCGGAGGAUGGUGGCCAGGAGCUCCACCUCCCACCUGGGAUGGAGCCCUGUGUUCCUUUUCCGGACUACGUCCGCCUGCAGCAGCACCUGCUGGCCGGGGGGCUCUUCAGCGCUUUGUCCACCCGAGGAAUGGCCUUUCCUUGCUUGGAAGAUUCUAAAGAAAUGGAGCACGUGGGUCAGCACGCAUUGGCGAGGCAGAAGGAAGAAAGUCGCCACCGGUGUGACAUCUGUCAAAAGACCUUCAAGAACGCUUGCGGUGUGAAGAUGCACCACAAGAACAUGCACGCCAAAGAGAUGCACGUGUGCACUGUGGAGGGCUGCGAGGCCACCUUCCCGUCCCGCAGGAGCAGGGACAGACACAGUUCGAAUCUAAACCUCCACCAAAAAGUAUUGACCUCGGAAGCACUGGCGAGCAGCGAAGACCGUUUCCGUGCAGCCCACCUGCUGAAAGGUGUGGCUCAGGAGGCCUACGGGGAGGUGGCUUUCACACAGCAGGCCUCCCAGACAUCUGUCAUCUUCAAGGGAGCCAGCCGGAUGGGCAGCCUGGUUUACCCGAUAACCCAAGUCCACAGUGCCGCCCUGGAGAGUUACAGCUCUGCCCCGCCCAGGGAAGGCACCGUCCUGGAUCUGAGUACUACCUCGAGCAUGAAGUCGGAGAGCAGCAGCCAUUCCUCCUGGGACUCCGACGGGGCGAGCGAGGAAGGCACCGUGCUCAUGGAGGACAGUGAUGGGAACUGCGAAGGUCCGAGCCUGGUCCCCGGGGAAGACGAGUACCCCAUUUGUGUCCUGAUGGAAAAGGCCGAACAGAGCCUCGCCAGCCUGCCUUCUGGGUUGCCCAUUACAUGUCAUCUCUGCCAAAAGACGUACAGUAAUAAAGGGACCUUCAGGGCCCACUACAAAACUGUGCACUUGCGCCAGCUGCACAAAUGCAAGGUUCCGGGCUGCAACACCAUGUUCUCGUCUGUUCGCAGCCGAAACAGACACAGCCAGAAUCCCAACCUGCACAAAAGCCUGGUCUCCUCGCCGAGUCACCUCCAGUGACGCGACUGGAUAAUAAGCAUUUGCGUUAUUUCACGAAGAAGGUAGUCCGAAGAGAGGUCUCUGACUUUGUUUAGUACCUUUUGGGACAAACCAGGCAGAAAGUGUGUGUGUGGACUUUCUCGUCUUGCACCGCAGGAUGAGUGAGGACGCGCCUUGUGGGAAGUUGACAGGGGGCAGCCUUUCCUGUUAUUUUUCUUAGCCCAAGGUAUUUUUCACUGACAUGACAAGAACUUGCAGAAACGCAGUUUUUCCCAGAUCCGUUUGCACAUUCUCUGGGAGAUCUCCAGGUCUGCAGAUUGACAGCAGGGGGCCCGGACCUG